AAGAGUUUGAGAAAUUGGGGGUUAAAUUACAGUAUUUGAAUGAGGAGAGGGAACAACUUUUGAUUCAAGUUAUCGGGAGGUUUGAAAAAUUGAGGGUUUGAGAAAUCGAGACAUAACUGUAAUAUUAUUUUUACAUCUAAAAUAUAUCUAUGGACAACUACAACUACAACAACCACAACAACAACAACGGCAACACUGUGACUGUGUUAGAAAACACAAGGGUCAAAGAAAUUCCAAUGAACAGCGUCAACCUUUUCUCGGAAGAGACCAUUACACUGAUAUUUCUUCAUGAAAUACCAGUGUAUUUAAUGAUUUAUCAGUUAUGUAGAAAAUAUAAUGAUUAAGUUGUUUUUUUUUCCUUUUGUUUUUCAAAGGUGCAAGAAAGUUCAGUUUCUCAUCACCACUGGAGAUGGAAAAUUUUAUUCAAAUGGGCUUGAUCAAACAUUUCUCAAGACAUGUAGUACAGAGGAAUUCAUGGAAACAUUUAAUUUGCUUAAUAAGACUCUCAUCAGAUUCAUGACAUUUCCUGUGUUGACUGUGGCUGCUAUAAAUGGACAUGCCUUUGCUCUUGGAGCAAUUUUAGCCCUUGCACAUGACUACCGAGUCAUGAGAACUAAAAAAGGUUGGUUCUGCCUACCUGAGGUCAAAUAUGAUAUGCUCUUUGGAAAAGCAACUAUUUUAUUGUUAAGAGCAAAGAUUAAAGAACCCAAGGUACUCACAGAUGCUGUGCUCAUGGGAUGGCGUUUUGUGGCAGAAGAAGCUCUCUCUGGUGGGAUUGUCCAAAAGAUUUGCGACAUAGAGGAUUUACUGAAUACAGCUGUACAUAUGGGUCAAGCAGUCAUUGGACAAAAUAUCUUCAAAAGAGAUACUAUUAAGCAUUUAAAAUCACAGCUGUACAGUGACAUCAUCAAUGCCUUUCAAAGUGAUACUGUUAGCAGACAAGGGGUUCUUCAGAGCAUUGCUCAGUUUGAUAGAAAGUCAAAACUCUGACUAUUAAGUUUUUGAGCUAGGUAAUGGUAAAGUUGCAAAGGUGAUACCUUGAUAGGUUUAAGUAGCAAAAUAUAUUAUUUUUUGAUUUUUAUGUAACAUAUCUAAUCCAAAUAAAGUACAACCAAGUUGACUUAAUUGGCUCACACAAAAUAGUGACAAAAAAGGAAAAACAAUAACAGUAAAAUAAUGGGAAGACCAAAUCAGGCCAUACCAACAAUUUCUUUUGUUGUCUUUAAAAUG